AUGGGCGGUGGUGGCGGCGGCGGCAGUACAAUUGGCGGUGGCAGUGUGCUAGGUGGUCAUGGUACUCUCAUGAGCACAGCAGGCAAUAGUACGGUUGGCGGCAGUGGUAUGCACGGUGUUGGGGCUCCUCCUGGCAGUAUUAUGCAUGGUGGUGGUGGCGGCGGCGGUGGUAAUGGUGGCAUGAAUACUCCUGGUAAUGUUUAUGGUAAUGGUGGCGGUGGUGGUGGUGGAGCCGUUGGAGGUAAUGGUGGCAAUCAGGUGGCUCCCGGUUCUAUGGUAGACUCACGCGCUGUUUCAGUAGUAGUUUCACUGCCGGGCGGGCCUGGUGCCCAGCAUCCGGGUCAGGCAUUAAGUGAUUAUGGUCCUAUAUAGUUAAUGGUACGACCUGAUACUAAUCAUUGGGUAUCCACAAGUAGUUUUAGUCAAUUGUAAAGAGUUUAAGAAAGUUAUUGAAACUUAAGGACUUCAAGAUAAGAUAAGAGAAAGAGUUUCUUUCUCUUACGAGUGUUUUAAACUUUAAAUAUAAGAAAGAGAACCUUAAGGAGUGUAUGAACUCUUUUACUUUUGCCUAUAAAUAUUUGAGGUUAUGUAUAAAAAAAAAACAAACAAAAAAACAAUUUCUUGCUGUUUUCUUAACUCCUUUGAAAAAAAAAUUUAAAUAAAAACAAAAAAAUAACAGGAAUUUUGAAACAGCGGCCAUAUUAAAAAUCUAGUAAAGUAAUUUUUUUAUUAUUAUUUUAUUUUACUUUUCCUUUUAAUACUAUA